ACUGACAACACGCUGACCGAUUUGGAUAUACACGCAGCAUUCGGCUCGGUACUACUCCGCUGCUCGUCGUCUAGCAACGCUGAUCACAAACGUCGUAGCGCUCGUAGUUAUUAUAACGCUCAGCGGUUAAGCACAGCGAAAUUUCAAUCGCAGUCAGAGCGGAGCGUUUAUAACGAACAAUAGUCGUCGCGUAAAUCGAGUUUAUAUUGGAAUUUAUUUUUUAAUUUUUUUUUCUGUUUUGCGGAUUUCUUUCUUCUGCGCUCCAUCAUAUCCGCCGUCUCGAGCAGCGCGUGCUACGUCCCACCGCACGCCGUGCUGAUUGUGCGCCUAUUAUUGUUAUUGUUGUUCAUAAUUGUUAUAACUAUUGUGUUAUUAUUGUUGUUGUUGCAUUGUGCAGUAGUUGCAGCGUUCAGUGUGUUGUUCUCAUGAUUUCAUACUCGUUCUAAAGUCAGCUGAAAUGUGCGCUGCGAAUAUGCGCUGGCGUAUUAAGUAGAUAACUGCAAAGGCGCAGCGUAUCGCCGGAGUUUGAUUGUGCGUAAAAACGUUUUGGCGAAUUUCAUGAAUUUUUUGUUUUAAAUUUUGAUUACAUUUUUGCUAUACUUUUUUUUUUGCUGCAUAUUCGCAGCGGUCUGGUGCUGUGCGCAAGCGUUCGACAUACCGCCCACACCGCGCCAAUAACUUACACAAGCGCCUUUGUGUUGCAGACGUACAAACAUACAUAUGUACAUAUAUACAAAUACACAAAUAUUUUAACAUUUACUAGAGUGGCACAAACAUAUGUUAACGGCCAGACGCCUGUGAUAAGGCAAAUUGCGCGUAAAGUCGAAAUAAUUGCAAAUACUGUGAAAACUGUUCAAUAAAAAUGCUGAGAAGCGGCGUAAUUUUCUAGAAAUUUCUACAAAUCAAGAAAAUGUGUUUAUCGGCUGCUGGUUUGCAUAGUGGAUACGUGUAAUUUCUGGCGCGGAUAGGCGUGGAAAUUCCAUAGAAAAGUAUUUUUUGAACAACGCAGAAGACAGAAGGAUGCUUCAAAGGCAACACAAAACACCCCUACGACGAUUCUAUGGACAUGGACUUUCUUUCUGAUCCAAUUUUUUCGGAUCUAGAUCGAUCCGAUUUCAUUGGAGGCAUCGACAAUGAGGCAAUCGAUUUCGGUAAUCUGGAACAGUUCAUGCAGGUUGAAGCCGCCGUUGGACAGCUGGAAGCACAAAAUAGCUGCAUAAAUGGCAAUAACACACGCGAAAACACAUUAUGUUGCAGCUCGAAGGCCGAUGUCAACCAACAGCAGCAACAACAGCAGCAGCAACAGCAGAAUCCACAUCACCAACAAAUUAACUCCGUCGAUGGAAAUUUAUCAUUAGUGAGCGUGUCGACGCGUGUAAGUUUAACCUCGACACCUAUAGCGACACCCAUACCGACAACGGUUAGUCACGGCACACCGCAUAUGCCGGAUAGUCCGCCGGAUUCCGGUUCCGAGCCACCCUAUAGUCCGCUGCAAGAUGCACAUGGUCUCACACUCACCUCGCGCGACGUUUACAAUGGUCUCUCUGCCAUGCAGCCGGACAUGCAACUGCAGUCACAAUAUACACCACCGCAUCAAACGCAAGCAUCAACGACACAUCACCAUCAUCAACAGCAACAACAGCAGCAACACCAACAGCUGCAGCACAAUAACCACCAUAGCAACAACAACGCCACCCAAAUUCAUUACAAUCACAAUCAUUCGCCAACAGCGCCACCAAACGACACAAUGAGCCGCGUACGUGUGAAGCAUGAAGCCGGUCUGAUCAUAGAUCCUGCCACACUCACGCACACACAUGCGAACGCCAUCAGCACACACGCGCAUGGCGAACACAAUGCCAGCCAUGGUCACAUGAAUUUACCGCCACCGCAUCAGUUGAUGUUCUCGAAUGCAAACACCAACAACAACAAUCAACAUAAUGCGAAUAGCAGUCAUUUGCUGUCUUACGAAAAUCUACAAGGUGGCAACUUUCCUUCGGUGAAUUAUCCAAAUGUGACUAUCGUAAAUGGUCUGGAUGUCAUGCAAACGCAUGCCACAACCUGUGCGCUCACCUCACCGUUGAACGAGGUGCCACGCGUGCAGUUGGUUGGCACCAGCCAAGCGCUUCCACCCCAACACAGUCGUUCGUCGUUGCCCACAACACCAGUGCAUUUGUCUUUAUCCCGCAAACGUAAACUCUCCACACAGCUAGAUUGUCCGGACUUUGCUAGCAUUAAGCCCGAUCCGGGUUUGCGCAUGAGUCCCACGCAUGGCAUGGCUACAGCCGCUGCGGAUCAACAGCAAAAGCUCAGCGCCUCAUCACCGGUUACCAUCACAUUACCUGCACAUGGGACUGCGAGCGACAUGACGAGCACGCCCGCGCACUCAGCUGCCUCACUAUCGCCCGCGCUGUCAACUAUCAACUCGAAUGCCGAUAACAGUCUGGACGGUAAUAAUACCGCUGGCAGCGGCGAAGGUGGCGGCGACAGUAAUGCUCUAACGCCGUGCAUACGUUUCAGCCCAUUUCAACCGCAAAAUUGGCAUAAACUUUGCGACCAAAGUUUACAGGAGAUCGCAGUGGUUUAUUAUCGUGUCGACGCAGAUAAGGGUUUCAAUUUUUCGGUCUCCGAUGAUGCGUUCGUUUGCCAGAAGAAGAAUCACUUUCAAAUAACUUGCCACGCACGUCUGCAAGGCGAUGCGAAGUUUGUAAAAACACCGUCCGGUCUAGAGAAGAUCAACUCCUUUCAUUUGCACUUUUAUGGUGUCAAAUUGGAAGCGCCAAAUCAGACAAUACGUGUGGAGCAAAGCCAAUCUGAUCGUUCGAAGAAACCGUUCUAUCCAGUGCCUAUCGAUUUGCAGAGUCACAUUGUCAGCAAAGUCACAGUUGGUCGUUUGCAUUUCUCAGAAACUACCAACAACAACAUGCGCAAGAAAGGUCGUCCCAAUCCAGAGCAGCGUUACUUCCAGUUGGUAGUGGGCCUGCAUGUUCAUACCAUCUCGGGCAACUUUCCAAUUAUCAGUCAAGGUAGUGAACGUAUUAUUGUGCGCGCCUCUAAUCCGGGUCAAUUCGAGUCCGAUGUCGAUCUUUGCUGGCAACGCGGCAUCACACAGGAUUCGAUUUUCCAUGCCGGCCGUGUGGGCAUCAAUACAGAUCGACCGGAUGAGAGUUUGGUCGUGCAUGGCAAUUUGAAGGUGUCCGGUCAUAUAGUGCAGCCCAGUGAUAGUCGCGCUAAGCAUGAAAUCGGCGAGUUGGACACAUCGGUGCAAUUGCGCAACUUACAGAAAAUACGUAUUGUACGUUAUCGUUACGCGCCCGAGUUCGCCGUACACUCGGGUCUGAAGCGUUCAUGUGAAAGCGACAGCGAAGAGAUCGUGGAUACGGGCGUGAUUGCGCAGGAGGUGCGCGAAGUUAUACCAGAUGCGGUGCAAGAGGCUGGCAGUAUCGUGCUGCCGAAUGGCAAUGUCAUCGAGAAUUUUCUGCUCGUCAAUAAGGAUCGUAUUUUAAUGGAAAAUAUUGGUGCGGUAAAAGAACUGUGCAAAGUCACCGGUUCGCUGGAGACGCGCAUUGAAGAUUUGGAGCGAAAUAAUCGUCUGAACAGACAGAACGAAUUUGAGCAGCGCAGCAAACAGUACCGUUUGACGAAAAACUGUGGUCCACGCGGCGGCUAUGAAAUCUGUUCGAACAAGUCGCUGCAGAUUGUUAUAUUCUUAUUAGUUAUCGUUAUGGCAGCCUGUCUGGCAGCCGUCUCCACUCUCUAUUUCGUCGAGCACAACAAACAGCGUUACAACUACAAGCAACUGGAUCGUCUGCAGUUCCACAGCAAUGGUCAUCUGCUAGGCCAUGACUCAGUGUUCAUAAAUGAACAGGAGGGUUACAUCGUACAGGUGCACAACAUGCUCAAUCGUAAUAAAACCGUACAACAUGGGAGCACCUCACGACCGCCGGGUUAUCGAAACUAUACACGUCCGCGUGGUGAAAUAAUCUAUGAUGAAAGCAGUGAUCCAUACUCACAAAACGGACGUAACGAUGAACUAACGGUUGUUAUGGAAAAACCACUUGUAAGCCUACAGCCACUACAUCCACGUAAGGAUACGUUUAAGGUGACGACAACGGCACCGCUGCUACGCCUCAACAAGACUAUCAACAGUAAAAACAAGUCCAAGUGGCCGCAGGCACAAGUUGUGCCCAAAGUAAUAGCGUCCUUCCAAAAUACACGUGCCACAAGUAGCAUACAAACCGAAAAUAGCGCAAAUCUAACAUUGCAACAAAAGCGUACGGGUACGCUGGGUGCUAAUGAAACCUCUUCCGAGAAAGUGGCCGCCGAUAAUGUGUCAUUGACACACGAUUUCGAUAACAAUUCCAUCGAUAUCGACGCACAACAUUUGACAAAGAAAGCGACGGCUAUUAGAGAGUCGGCUGCGCGUCCGAUCACUUCACGUGAGGAAACACUCUCGGAAAAUAGUGAAGCUAUUGCUGACGCCAUCGGCGCAAUUGUCAGCACAUCGAGCAGCAAUGUGAAUGGCAAAAACGAUGUCAACCACAGCGACAACCUAAAGAAUACCAAUCUGAAUGCUAACAACAAUGUGCCCGACACCACUGCCCCAGCAUAUAGUCAUCGUUCGCGCAAUGUCUACAAAGCGGUAUCGCCGCCAUCGGCACUUUUGCCACUUACAACCAACAAGGUGACUAUUGAAGGCAACACGGGCAAUUACUCGCUAGACGGGCACUACGUCUAUUCGAAUAAGAGCCAAGCUGUGUUGGAGAAUAAAGUGGAUAGCACGGAUCUAUUGGACUU